AUGCGAAUACCCUAUUCCUCCCGCUUUGACAUUGCUCCCGCUUUGCGGCGCGCGGGUGAGCAGGUGAAGGAGAUUCUAGUGGAGGAGUCGAACGUGCAGCCGGUGAACAGCCUCGUAACGGUGUACGGUGACAUCCACGGCCAGUUCCACGACCUCAUAAAGCUAUCUGACACCGGCGGCCCCGUGCCCUCCACUAAUUACAUCUUUAUGAUAUCUCCUUCCCGCCCCCGCUCACUGCAUUUAUUAAAGCCUUACUUGUCAUUUGCUCCCUCCCUUUGA